UAACAGAUGAAUUGUUUAGGAGACGGAAUAUAAAUAUUAAUAUAAUAGCGGUUUUGAAAAAUGCGGAUUUCAAUAAGGAAAAUAUUAAAGUGGUUAAACGAAAACUGAUGUCAAGAAAUCUAAAUACAAGGACAAUUCUCAAGUUAAGUUGAAACGUGUGUAUUUCGGCAAUUCACAAUGCAAUAGAAAACAGAUGAAUUCCUAAAAUAAAAUAUAAAAAACAAGUCAAAAUAAAUAAAAUUUAGCUUUAUAUACAAAUGUUGAGAGUCGCUUAGAGCAAGGAAAACUCUAAAGAUAUAAUAAAGAUUAUGGAGGAGACAACUUAUGAGUCAAAACUCCUCAUUUAAUACCAAAUGGCAAAGCGAGUGAGAGGAACUUCAGCCUUGGUGUAUAACAAGGAGGAUGAACUUUUCUAUCCAGGUAAUGUCGAAGGAACGUUGCAGAAAGGGGACAACCAAAGGUAUUUUUAUAACGUACGCCUAAGUGGAGAUGAUACGGUUGUUCAUGUAGACCGGGAUGAUGUGGAGUUUAGAGGCGGUGCAGUGCCAUGGCGGCAGCUUAAGCCUGGUGACAGAGUUUUAGUAGAACCUAUUUCAAGAAAAGAGAAAACACUAUCUUUGCCUGAUAAAUCGUUUUCAAAUGACUUUCAAAACAAGUCAUACUCGAAUAAUUUGAUUGGUGAACGAAGAUCUACUUACGUUGAAGGUAUUGUGAAAGGUAUACCACGACCAACUGAAGAGAUACGGCGAUACAAAGUUGCAGUUGGAUCAGGAAAAAAAAGAACAACAUUGCAUGUAUCAAGAUUGCAAAUAAGACCUUUGGGUGCAGACGCAGAAGAAGAACGACCAAAAACUGCCCCUCAAAUACGCACUGUAUUUCCACCGGAAAUACCUGCGACGAGGGAUCAGACUGUACAAGCACCAGAAUCAGAGCCAGUUUCAGGAGUUGUUCUUGCGCGCUGGCGAGAGGACGGCUGGUAUUACUUUGGAAAGGUUGUGUCGAGCAGGAAUAGUGAAAAUGUAGAUGAGUUAGGACACCGGAAUUCGACAUCCGACAAUUAUACAGCACUUAUAGAUGGGUUAGGAAACACAGAAAAGAUUCACAAAUCCGACAUAUUGACAGAAACGAACCAAAAAUUCCAAGUCGUACAGCCCGGUGACAAGGUUAUUGCCCUACAUCCAAAUUAUGCAUUCAGCUACGCUCCUGCAACAGUUAAACGUGUUUAUAGAAUGAAAGGAGCGGAUUUAAAAUUUUAUGAUAACACAGUAGGAACGUUACCAUGGAGUGAAAUCUACAAGAUAUCUCAACAGAAAUACACAGACUGCGUUCACCAUAUUGAACAGAAAGAAAACGAAAUGCUUCAAAAACAUGUUAUAGUAUUAGAUGAAAAGUGUGGCCACUUCGAAUCUGGUACAGUCAGCGACUAUGUUUGUAACCAGAUGUACAAUGUAACUAUGACCGAGCGCAAUGAAGCUGGGCAUCUUAAACAACAGUCGAACCACAUGUUUAUCCAUCCGAGUAUUGGAGUUGACUUGAAGAAUUCAAAAUACGUACUUGGUCGCGUAAAUGAUAUUUUCCUUCCUGGUGAGAUAUUCAAUUCGAUGUACACCAACGGAAAUACAACGCCAGAUGAAACAAUCACCGUCAGAUUUUGUAACCACGAAGAGUCAUCCGUUUGCGUGAAUGAUGUUUAUCCUAUCAACGAAAAUUACUUCGACUAUGCUGUUCAAGUGUGGAAUUCGUGCCAAUGAAUUGUGCCAUUUGCUGCUCACAGUGAAAAGAAAAUACUUCUGCGGAGCAUAUAUUGUCGUCUAGAAAUUAAGAUACAUUAUCAAAAGGGAUACCUAUUGAAAUACAUAUGGUUUUAUAUAUUCAAAAUAGUAUGUAUCAGCAAGGAAAUGAUAACUUAACUCAAUGCACAUUUUAAAACAUUCAGGUUGCAUAAAAAUGCAACAACGUUCAUGGAACACUUGUCUUUAGAAGGUAAUCGGUAUACAGUUGGUAAUAAAAGUAAACAGAGAAAAACGAGUUAAAUACACUCAAAAAUAGUUGAGCAAAGGAUCAAAGCAAGUAAAUAACCAAGCAGGUAUCCUCUUAGUUUAUACCUCCUCAAGAUGAAAUACAGAUCAAUGACGCGGUGCAUCGAUUAAGACACGUAAAUAAACCUUUUCAAUAGCACCGGCUCUGUUAUCAAAAAGAGAAUCUUACAGUUUACAAAGUAAGUAUUAUAAACUUGACCAAAGUAAAAUAACAUAAACCUGAACAAGCUACAAAUGUAUCAUAUAUUUGGGUUAAGUAGGUCUUCCAUGAAGAACUAUUUCUAUUAACAUUGUAGACGGGGUAUUAGCAAGAAGUUUCUUAAUUACAAUAAUCUCUAUCGCAGCAAAAUUUGUCCUCAUUGUUAUACGUUGUUGAAUAGUUUAUUUUAUAAUAAUAGUGCAUUGGAUCAUCAGUAUUUGUUAUAAUCGUUUUUGACAUUUAAGCAUUUAUGAAAUAAAAAAAAUAUGUUAUGAAUACUAAGAAUAAAAGAUUAUGUUGUUAUUCAUUUCUUCAAAACAUACAAAAAUACAUUUUUGUAUUAUAUAGUUUGAAUUGUAAGUAAUUGUUUUGUAAACUGUUCUUAAUGAUCACGUAUUGGCCAUUUGGGCUGGGUAUAAGCUGUCUAGGUUGGUAUUCUUUAUUGGACUUGGAUCUUAGAACGAUGUAGCUAAUCGGAAAACUUGUUAUAAAUAACUGACCAAUAAAGUGAAUCAAGUCCAUGAUGCAUGACUAUAACAUUAACUUAAGUUAAAUAUUGAAUAUAACCCAGUAAUCUGUUAAUACACUUUUCAUGCAAAUAAAAAUUUUACAUACCUAUA